UUUCUUUACGAGUUCCAUUUCUCUGGGUUGUUAUUCAUUCGUGGCCUCUCCAUAUCCUCAAGAAUUCCAGGACUACCUAUAAUUUUCAGCUUUUAGCUCUCGUAACCAGCCUCCGAAAAGAGAUUUAUUUUUAUUUACUAAUUUAUCUGGGAACGUCCUUAAUUGAGCCUUUCUUGCCUAUUUCUGAAAAAGUCCGUUAUGGUUUAUAUUUUAGGUGUGCCUAUCAAAGAUGAGCGGCCUGUAAAGUAUGCUCUUUUAGGUUUUUAUGGAAUUGGAAGAGCUGUUGCAGAAAAAAUUUGUGCAAGACUUUCGUUUCACGACACCCUGAAAGUGAAAGAGCUUACGGAUGGUCAACUGACUAGUCUUUCACAAUUGUUAUCGAAUAUGACUAUUGAAGGAGAUUUGAAGCGACAAAGAGAUGCUAAUAUUUCUCGAUUUUAUACUAUUCGUUCUUAUCGAGGCCUGCGACAUGCUGCAGGAUUGCCGGUGCAUGGUCAAAACACCAGAACGAAUGCGAAAACGGCAAAAAAGCUAAACCGCCUCCAAAGAAGAACUUACAGCACGAAUCCUAUUGGAACCUUGGGAUGGAACCGUGUACUGCCAACUGCGGUCUCGAUACUUCAGAAAAUUAAAAAUAUUCAUUAAAACGAAUUCUUUUGAAUAAUCGCCUGUAUAUGAAUGUCCAUUUAAAGCACAUCUCAUCUCCUUUCUAUCUCCUUUGGAGUCAGCGUAUAAUUAUCUUUGAAAUAAUGAUUUUGUCAAUAAAAAUUACAAAUUGCACAAAAUUACCAAAGAAAACCGUAUCAGUUG